AUGGAUCCGUUCAACAACCCGGAUACUCCCAACACUCCUUCGAACAACCCGAAUACUCCCACCAAUCCGACCCAACCAAAUGUUUUUUCGGUUCCGGGAUAUUAUCCAACGCUAGAACCGAACCAAUUCUCCCAAUUUUCAUCGAACGCGUUUGCGUCAUUCCAACAAUCGCCCAACCAAUUCACUCAAAUCUCCCAAAAUCAAGCUCUUCAACAAAUGAUGAUGCGGGGUGCUUGGAACUUUCCACCCGUUCAACCUCAACCGAUCCCCACACCCCCCGUUCAACCCCAACCGAUCCCCACACCCCCCGUUCAAUCCGAACCCGAAGAUGAUGUGGAGAUUGUGCCCGAAACCCAACCGCCUAAAGGGAAAGGAAAACGAAACAAAGAGAAACAAGUAGCGGGUGAUCAAGCGUCGAAACCGAAGGCGAUUAAAUGGACCCCAAUCGAAGAAGAAGCCUUAGCCAAGGCUUUCAUUAGCACUUCCGACAACCCGGUAAAAGGUAAUAACCAACCGGGUGACGGGUUUUGGUCCAAGGUAUUGACCAAGUUUCUCGCCAUGAUGGACCAAGGCCCGUAUAGAGAUAUCGACUCGGUUUCCUCGAAGUGGCGAAAAUUGAACUCGGCCGUUAAUCGGUUUUGCGAGGAGUAUAACAAGUUAUAUACAAGUGACCGUCGUAGCGGGUGGAACGACGAAGAUGUGUUCAAAAUGGCAUUGGAAAAGUAUAAGCAAAAUAAUCAUGACGAGUAUAACGUACGUGAACCCGAGCGUCCACCGGGCCGAGACAAAACAAAAAAGGAGCGGGCCAAGGGAAAAGGAAAGGAAACGGUGGACCCGAACAUGGUUGAGUUUAUGGAACACCUAAAAGUGUACAACGACAUAUCGGCCCAAAAGUCGAAGGCGAAGGAGCGGGCCGUCGAAGAAAAAAGUCGUGCAUCGGACGAGAAGUUAAAAGAAAAGGUCCGAUUGUCGAAUGAGAAAAUCCGAAUCUCCGAUGAAAAAAUUCGGCUUAAGGAAUGGGAAAUAAUGAUGAUGAAUGUCGAGAACGAACCCGAGCCGAAACGUUCGAUGUUGAAAAAACUACAAAACGACAUCAUGAAAAAGCAUCAAAUUAUUUAA